CAGUCGGGAGAGUGAGUCGCGCGCUCACGAUGGCUCGGCUCUGCUCAGCUCUGCAGCCUCUUGGGCCAUCUGGAGCUUCGGAGCCUCUUUAGUGCCGGAGUUCGGGCCGCAGGCGGCGGGCGAGCAGAGCCUCUGGAUGGAUUCUUCCUCGGAAGCUUUGCUAAUUUGCAGCAGCUGGGCAAUGCUCCUCAUUACCAUCUGUCUGUCCGCAUAGUUCAGCGUCAUUUCAUUGUGGUGGCAGGGACUCCACUCCGAAUUCUGUAUAGAAAAAGCUCCUGGAUUCCAGUCUUUCAAUGGCUUCGAGACAACCAGAAGUGCCUGCUCUUGCGUCCAGUGGGCCUCUAGGCAAGAUGUCCCUGCCCAUCGGGGUGUGCCGCCGGGCAUUCAGCUAUGAUGAUGCCCUAGAGGACCCUGCGCCCAUGACUCCUCCUCCAUCCGACAUGGGCAGCAUUCCCUGGAAGCCAGUGAUUCCAGAGCGCAAGUAUCAGCAUCUUGACAAGACAGAGGAAGGAGCGGCCAGUGUCUCUUCCCUUGCUGUGACUCCAUCAACAGCCACUGACAGUUCAGACAAGGCCCCUGUGGUGAAGGCCAAAGCUACCCAUGUCAUCAUGAAUUCCCUGAUCACAAAACAGACCCAGGAGAGCAUCCAGCGUUUUGAGCAACAAGCAGGACUGAGAGAUGCUGGCUACACACCCCACAAGGGCCUCACCACUGAGGAGACCAAGUACCUCCGAGUGGCAGAAGCACUCCAUAAACUAAAGCUGCAGAGUGGAGAGACAACAAAGGACGAGAAGCAGCCUGUAUCGGCCCAGUCCACCCCGAGCAGCACCCCUCACUCCUCCCCUAAGCAGAAAUCCAGAGGCUGGUUCCCCUCUGGGUCUUCCACAGCUUUACCUGGCCUGAAUCAUCAAACCAUGGAUCCUGGGAAUGGAAAUGACAUGAACUCAGUAGACAAGUGGAGCCUCUUUGGACCACGGCCCCUGCAGAGGUCUGACGCUGCAGGUUUUGCCAUCCAGGCUUACAAAGGUGCCCCAAAACCCUCUCCUAUGGAGCUAAUGCGUGCCCAAGCCACACGAGUAGGUGAAGAUCCAGCAACCUUCAAGCCGCCUAAGAUGGAUAUCCCAGUGGUAGAAGGGAAGAAACAACCACCUCGGAUCCAUAAUCUCAAACCCCGUGACCUGAAUGUGCUCACACCCACUGGCUUCUAGAAUGCUUUCUGUCCAGGGUCUGCAGUUUUCCCUGGGCUCUGACAUAGGAGUUACAUAGUUAACUGGAGGCCUGAGUGACAUUGUGCAGAUUGUCCUUGUGUGCAACCAUUUUGCACUGCUUUCAGGUUGGUGGAAUAUGUCAGUGGUGCUGAGUGACCUCACCCUUUUCUAAUCAUUUAUCCUAGGGAAGGACUUUGACCCUUGCUCUCCUAGAUAAAUAAGUGCUGGUGUGCUUCCAAAACUAAGGCCUGGAUUCCUUUUCCUUGAUCAACAUGAGCAGUUACAAAUCAUGAUAGAGGUGCCCACCAACUCAUCUGGACAUGGCUUCCUGACAUGCUUAGCCUUGUGAGUGGGCCUGGACUUGUCUGAGAGACCACACUUGGCAGGACCACAAGUUCUUUGUCUUGAUUAGUCCGGUGUACACUCCUGGCCCCUGUAGUUGAAGGCCUGCUUACUUGCUGUGUCACAGAACAAACACUAGUCUCACAUGGUCUCUUUUGCACUUUAACAUGAAAUUAAUUGAACUAACUGAGUCUACUGGUUUUAUACUGAUGAUUUCCCCUUCUACCCCACUGGGGAUUGAACCUAGGGUCUUGCUCUACCAAGUUAGUUUCACCCUAGUUCCUGGAUCUUAAGCUUUUUUUAGUUGUGUGUGUUUUGUUUUAUGAGACAGGGUCUCACUAUGUAGGCUUGGCUAGGCUGGAACUCACUCAUUAGACUCAAAGAGAAGAUCUACUGCCCCUU